CGCUGAAUUCGUUUACCUCUUGUAGGUACAACAGUCCUGGUGUUCACUCUGACUCCGACUCGCGAUCUCACUAUGAGUGCAGCGGAUUCACUAUCGAGACCAAUUGAAUCGGAUUCAGAGGACGAUCCCGACUUCAUUCUCGAUGACAAAUCUGAAGCUUCAUCAUCUAACUCAGACGAUUCUACGCCAGAGGCCAAGCGGCUGAAAACUCUAGGUGCCUCUGAGGAAGCCGACACGGAGGGCUCCAGAAAGGCUCGGGAGGAUGCUUGGAAAAAGUUCCAAGAGUCCUUAUCAAGCACUUCAUCAGAACCAAAAGUGGUCAUAUCGGCGUCUAAAACGAUCAAGAUAGAAAAGAAGUACAGGUUUGCGGGAGAAGUGGGAAGUACGAUCGUCGAAGUCUCCGAAGACUCACCUGAGGGAAUACGAUGGCUAGCUUCUCAGGAACAAGUUUCCUCACCCCAGGCAGAGGCAGGAGCAGCUGAGCAAUUAUCAACUCCACAUCCCGAACCCCCUCCCGAAGCCCCACAAGGCACGAAUGCCAUCCAACAAGAAUUAUCAAAACCCGUUCAAGCUACCCCAACUCGACCGCCCCCCAAGCUGAAGACGAAAGGGGGUCUCAGCAAACUCGUGGUAGCGAAGCCCAAAAAGCUGACUACCUUGCAGAAGUCGAAGAUGGAUUGGAAUGCACAUCUGGAUUCAGAAGAGGCUCAAACAUUUAAAGAUGAACUCGAACUAAACAGGCGAGGAGGAGGUUAUCUAGAAAAGGUCGAGUUUCUCGGCAGAGUGGAGAAUCGUCGUGAUGAGUCGAUUUCAAACUUGAACAAUAAACGCAAACGAUGACAGCAUAACUUCGUUACGUAUUAUACCCGUACCCUUCGAAUCCGUUUCGAUGGUGUCUAUAUCCUUUAAUGUCCUGGUA